AUGGGCAUUGCCAGGUGGGCGCUGAUUCUACUCUCCACCUUGCCGCUGCUGCUCGUGGCACUUUUGGUGCCUCUUCUAACCUCUGGCGCACUCGUGGCUUUCUGCUGCUUGCAAGUACUUGGCCACACGUGUCUGGGAGCAGGGACUCCCCGUGACUUCUUUUCCUUCGGUGUGCGCCUUCUGCUCGGCUUCACGCUCAACGCGUCCCUCGUCUCCGUGGUGUCCUUGGCAGGCACCGAUCUUCUCGAAAGACGCGAGGGGGCAGCAGCGGCCAGUGACGGAAGCAUCGGAAGCGCUGAGGAAACGGCGACCAACGCAGCUAUCACCACGCUGUCCGUGGUGGUACCCUGCGCAAACGAGAGCACUUGGAACGUGCAGCACACGGUGCAGGCCAUCUGGGAGGCCACGCCAAGGGCAGAGCUCUUGGAAAUACUUUUGGUGGACGAUGCUUCGAGGCCGAGCCUGGAGCGACAACUCUCCCGCGCUGUCUCCGGUGCUGCUUUGUUUCUGACUUCUCAUCGUGCGCGGGUGCUUCGGAAUCCUGAGCCUCGUGGUUUGCUCCGCUCGAAGCAGAGGGGUGCGGAUGCUGCAAAGGGAGAUGCCAUCGUUUUCCUGGAUUGCCACGUCCGGCCGAUGGAGCACUGGACUGAAGACCUCUUGGAGCACCUCAAUGCAAACUGGCGCCGGGUGGCUGUGCCCCUGAUGACGAACUUGGACCCCGACACUUGGCGGGAGCUGAGAAAGAGAAGAAAAUCGUCCAUUGCAGGUUUGACAUGGGCUGCCGACUCUUUCUGGUGCGACGGAUGGCCUGGUGACGAGGUGCCUUUGCUGUCCGGUGGCUUGAUGGCACUGACCAGCCGCUGGUGGCACCUUUCUGGUGGCUUGGGCCCGGUAGACGAGACGAUGCAGGGCUGGGGUGGCGAGAACCUGGACCAGUCCUUGCGGACGUGGCUUUGCGGGGGUGAGAUCCGUGCUGCCCAAAACUCCCGGGUGGCCCACCUCUGGCGCGAUGGAGGGAAGACGGCGCCUCGAUACCGAUUGUCAGAAGCCCAAAUUCUUCGAAACCGGCUCCGGGCGGCAGAGGCUUGGAUGGGGCCCUGGGCUUCGAAGGUACGGAGCUUCGAAGAGUUUCGGGGGCUCGCUGAGCGCCGCCACGAGAUUGACGACUCGGAGCUGCAGCAGCUGCAGCGGCGGUUGGGCUGCGCUCCCUUCGCCAACUACUUGGAGCAUUUCAGGGAGCUCUUCAGGCUCACGGGGCUGCUGCCUGAAAGCGUCUUCCACCUGCAGCUGGAGAGCCAAGGCGAGACGCGCUCGGCCUCGCUUUGCCUCAGCGUGGACCCCUACGAAAACUUGAAGAGGCCCUUCCUGAGCCGCUGCAUCCCGGGACUGGCCUUCCAGCGCUGGCAGUUCCUGGGAUCCGAGGCGGAGAGCUCGGAGCUCUCAGUCUUGAAGCUGUGGAACUACGACGUCUGCCUGGCCUGGUAUGGCGGUGACUUCCAGACCGGAAUGUGCUCCUUCUUCCGGAGAUCACAGUUCCAGGAGUUUGCAUUCCAGGAGGAGUUCAUCAUGGUCCCAAGGCUGACGAAGGUUUUGCAAUGUCUAGCUGGAGCUCCGCACGAGCGUCCUGCCAAGCUUCGACCCGAACGGCGACAGGGGCUUGGGUCCACACCCCUCCUGGCAAGCACCGGGACUGGCUCCUGGCGCUUUUUGGGAGAGUGGUGUCUGGUUCCACCGCGAGAGGCACAAGGCAAUGGGGACGUGGAGCUGUUCCUCUCUCCUUGCAGUGAGUUGGGGCCCAAAGAGCAAGCCACACUGGAAGAGCUGGGCGUCGGGAAUGGCUUCUUGCGUCAGCUGCGCAUUGCUGGUGAUGGCCGAUGCUUGCAUGUGAAAGGCAAUGGAUUGGCGGCAACACAGUGUGGAGAAUUUCAAUUCUUCUUCCGGGUGCAGGAAGGUCGGCCGCUAUGCGAGGGUGAGAAACCCAUGCGAUGCCUGAGUGCGGAAGGUUCCGGCACUAGUCCUGGCAGUUUGGCCUUGGAGCCGUGUGAGCGCACCUCAGAGGCCUUUGAAAGACAACUCUUCGUCCAGGAGCCGAGCCAAAGCCGCUUUGGUCGUACCUUCUCCUUGCGCCAGGGCCGUCAGGGGCAUCGCUGUCUCAUAGGCCUUCCUCAGUCUGGAAAGCUGCAGUUGGUGCUGGCCGCCUGUGACACAGCUUCAUCUGCUUGGGCUCAGACCAGAGAUGCAUUAAUUUGGACCGAAAGGUCCACUGAUUCCCAGGCCUUGGACUCCAUCUCCUGGGGUCCCACAGACCCACGAGAUGCGAGCCAUUCCUCACUGCCGAGCGCUCGAAGGGAGGCUUCCGUCCUUGGGCCUUCCAGCCCGUCCUGCGCUCCUGUUUCUUCGAGGACUUCACUCAACGUUUUCGGGUCCAAAAUGGCAGCGUCUUCAUUCCCAGCCACGCAGCCAACCAAGGCCGAAGCCGUUUCCCUGCCCUCUGCCUCACAGCGAAGUCACCGGUAA